CCUCUCGGCCGCAUCACAUUCGAGCUCUUUAAGGAUGUCGUCCCCAAGACGGCCGAGAACUUUCGCCAGUUCUGCACCGGCGAGUCCAAGGAUGCCCGAGGUCGUCCGCAGGGCUACAAGGCCUCCAAGUUCCACCGCAUUAUCCAAGGCUUCAUGUGCCAGGGCGGCGACUUCCUGAACGGCGACGGUACCGGCUCGGUAUGCAUCUACGGCACCUCCAAGUUCGCCGAUGAGAACUUCAACUUGAAGCAUGAGCAGCCUGGUCUGCUCUCCAUGGCUAACGCCGGCCCCGACACAAACGGCUCCCAGUUCUUCAUCACCACCGUCCCGACGCCCUUCCUGGACAACAAACACGUCGUCUUUGGCAAGGUCGUCGACGGCAUGGACGUUGUCAAGAUGAUGGAGGCUACUAAGACGGGUUACCGCGGCAAGGACCAGCCAAACCAGGACGUUGUUAUCGCGCAGUGCGGUGAGAUGUGAGGUUGGCCUUGGUUGCUC